AUGGCGCCCGCGACCCAGGACUCCGCUAAUUGUUAUUAUUGUUUGGCAACUGGCGUCGGUAUUCCAGGAUCGCGGUGCGCGAAUCGCCACACACGCGAGUUAUGUGACGCCGGGAAUGUCGGCUAUGCGGCACCGGCCCUGAUUACGUUGUUCGGAUUGCCCGAUUGUCUCCGUCGCGACGACGGCCCAGCGGAUGAGAAGCGGGUAGCUGCGGGUUCGAAACCGGCG